AUGGAGAACCCCAUGUAAGCUCAGCAAAUGGCUGCUAACAUAUUCUCAGAUAUGGUUAUGGAAGAAGCUAUUAAAGACAAGACAAUUUAAGUUUAACAGCAAAUGAAAGAUGCAGAAGGAAAUGCCAUUUAACACUCAGGAGAUCAUGUACAUGGCAAAGAUUGUGAUCACUCUUAGCACUAGCCAAAUAAGCAAGAUUCAGAUGAUGAAUUUUUCGAUGAUGAAGAAGAAAAGAUUAUGAGAGAUAUUAGAGAGCAAAGACUAUCCUAAAUGAAGAAUCAAUACUAGGAGAAGCAAGAAAACUUAAUAAAGGGGCACGGGUAAUACACUGAGAUAAAGGAAGAUGAAUUCUUAGCAAAUGUUACUAAGUCUAAAUUCGUAGUGUGUCAUUUUUAUCACAAAGACUUUGAAAGAUGCAAGAUUGUUGAUAUGCACUUGAGAAAUAUCGCUAGAAACCAUGUUGAAGCUAGAUUCCUGUACUUAAAUGCUGAAUAAGCUCCAUUCUUUAUCAAGAAACUCUAGGUCCAAGUACUUCCUACAAUGAUUUGCUUUAUCGACGGUAUCGCAGUAGACAGAAUUGUUGGUUUCGAGGAUUUGGGUGCUCGUGAUGACUUCCCACAAAUCUCAUUAACUAGAAGAUUGAUCAGAAGUGGUGUCCUAAAACCUCUUACAAAAGCAGAGAAAGGAUAAAUUAACAUUAGAAGAGGUGGUAACGAUUCUGAGGAAGACUCUGGUGACGAUAUUUGA